AUGCUAGGUCCUCUGGGAACUGGUCCAAUGUUGCCACAGCAGGUGGCCGUGCAGCUGGUACUGGAGAGAUCAUUGACGGCGCUGUCCUUCGACACGGAGCCAAUGAACCAAGUAAUGAGUAUGGGGGCAGUUGGGGAGGCUGCAGAAUGUCUGGUUGCAUCACAAAGAGAGGUCGGUGAUGUCACCGAGCGCAUCACAAGCACCUACUGUGCCACCAUGGUCCAGCUCUGUGAAGCCCUCGGCCGUUCUGUCCAGGUGGUGAACUUAGACCCCGCGGCAGAGCAUUUCAACUAUGAUGUGAUGGCUGACAUCCGGGAACUGAUCAAUGUGGAUGAUGUGAUGGAGGAAGGCUCCCUGCGCUUCGGUCCCAAUGGAGGACUGGUUUUUUGCAUGGAGAACUUUGCCAAUAACUUUGAGUGGCUGGAGAACUGCCUUGGCCAUGUCGAGGAUGACUACAUCCUUUUUGACUGUCCAGCUUGUGUUCUUGUCGGUCAGAUCGAGUUGUACACACACCUGCCCGUGAUGAAACAGCUGGUUCAGCAGCUGGAACAGUGGGAGUUCCGAGUCUGUGGAGUGUUUCUUGUUGAUUCUCAAUUCAUGGUGGAGUCGUUCAAGCUUAUUUCUGGCAUCUUGGCAGCCUUGAGUGCUAUGGUAUCUCUAGAAAUCCCGCAAGUUAACAUCAUGACAAAAAUGGACCUGCUGAGUAAAAGAGCUGAAAAGGAAAUUGAGAAGUUUCUAGAUCCAGACAUGUAUUUGUUAUUAGAUGAUUCUACAAGUAACUUCAGAAGCAAAAAAUUCAAUAAAUUGACUAACGCCAUAUGUGGGCUGGUUUGGGGGCCACACCCGGUGGUGCUCAGUGGCUAUUUCUCCCUUGUGCCUGGUGGACCAUAUGUGGUGCUGGGUGUUCAAACUGAGGUGUGCGGGGUGCAGGCCUGUAGUAGCUCUUCAUCACCUCCCCCCGCACCUCCCUAG